AUGCCUCACUCGGUCACACCAGAAUCGACGGCCGCCGAGGAACAGCCCGCCAUUAAGGCCGAACAGAACGCACAAGACAUUGCAAUGGCCGAUGCACCGAGUUCCGGGGAAGCGGAAGAUAAAGCGAAGGUAAACCUAGAAGAGCUUUUUGACGACGAUGACGAUUCGGAUGGAGAGUUUGCUUCGAAUCACUUACUAACAGCUUGCAGCAAAAUCUCAGACAAGUCACAAUACUCAGACCCAGAUGUCAUGCGAGCCUUCUACCAGCGCCUCUUCCCGUUCCGGUACCUUUUCCAGUGGCUGAACCACUCUGCCGUUCCCUCCACCGACUUUGCACACCGCGAAUUCGCUUUCACGCUGCCCAACGACGUCCUGCAGCGAUACCAGUCGUUCCCUACCGCUGAUACGUUUCGCAAGCGAUGCAUUGCAGACACCCCGCCACGUAUCGACAUCGGUCCUGUGUACUCGACGAACCCUCGCGACCGGAAAACACUGCGAAAGGCUAGUGCGUUCCGCCCAAUAUCACGAGAACUUGUGUUUGAUAUCGAUAUGGAUGCCUACGACGAUAUCCGAACAUGCUGCACGGGCGCAAACAUAUGUCAAAAGUGCUGGACAUUCAUUACAAUGUCUAUCAAAGUGGUAGAUGUAGCGCUGCGCGACGACUUUGGGUUUAAACACGUUCUGUGGGUGUAUUCUGGUCGAAGAGGAGCCCACGCGUGGGUGUGCGACAAGCGUGCGCGAGAGAUGGACGAUUCUAAGCGACGUGCAGUAUAUGGCUAUCUGGAGGUGCUCAAGGGAGGCGACCAGGGCGGAAAGAAGGUCAAUGUCUGGCGUCCACUGCAUCCGCAUCUGGAACGGAGUCUCAAAAUCCUACCAGAAUAUUUCCAAACCACGAUCCUUGCUGAGCAGGAUCCUUGGGCAGGCGAAAACGCCGCGCACUUGCUGAACCUGAUUCCGGACACCAAGCUUCGCGAGGCGUUGCAGAAGAAAUGGGAUUCCUCACCAGGGCGACCUAGCGCGUCGAAGUGGGCCGACAUCGACAGCGUUGCAAAGUCUGGCGCGCUCUCCAAGUCUUCCAAGGAGCUGCUGGAAGCGAAACAAGACAUUGUUCUGGAGUACACCUAUCCACGGCUCGACGCCGACGUCGGCAAGAAGCUCAACCAUUUGCUCAAAUCACCAUUCGUUGUCCAUCCUGCCACAGGGCGGAUAUGCGUGCCGAUUGACCCGAGGAAAGCAGAGGAGUUCGACCCGCUUAGUGUGCCCAAGGUCACGGAGCUGCUGGUUGAGAUUGAUGAGUGGAAAGAAGAAGAUGUCGAAAAGAAGAUACAGGACUGGGAGAAAACCAGCUUGAAGCCGUACAUUGAUUACUUCAGAGGGUUCGUUGCGGGGCUGCUGAAGGAAGAGAAGGAGAGCGAGAAGGGCGGGGUCAAGAGGGAGCGAGAUGAGCAUGGCGAAGCCAUGGAGUUCUAG